AUGGUCCCAAAGUCUAAGCCCCCGAAUAAGCCGUCAAGCGCGACGCCGAGAGCACGACGCUCUGCCCAGACACCCACUCUGUCCAAGCCGUCCACCAUCACCACGCCUAAGAAGACCAAUCCUCCACAGAAGACGAAACAGGUAAAAGCCCAUCGCAGUCGGAAGCCUGAUGCGGUCGACAAGGUACUCAAACCUGGUAAAGAACCAAAAGAUUUCGUAAAGUUGCACAAGUAUGAGGGCGAGAUGGCCGGCUAUACCAGAUUCAAUCGCGUCGACCAUUUCCGGCAUUUCGCCAUGACGUCUACAGUUCUUCGCCCCUACGUACAGGCUUUCACGGACCGCAAUGACAUACAAGUGCGGCAGAAGAAUGUUCUGGAGUAUAUUCGAGAUCAGAGUGAAGAGAUGAAGACGGAUAAAGAUCCUAUCGAAAUGUAUCCGGUACAGAACGACGGUGUCCAUGCUGUCCAGAGAAUGGCCCUCGCUUGCGUGCAGAUGUAUCGCCAGAUCGAGAGAACGGCGGCAGGAGAGCUUCCUUUCAUCCAAAAGCACGAGGAUGACGCCAUUGCUGCUUUCACCCGUCUUACAGGCCGUAAAGUACAAUCUUUCGAUGCUACCACACUACAGGUUCAGAGCUUCGGGCCUUUCGCCGCCCAUGGAGAAGGGGAUCUAGAGCCCUACAACCGAUGCUUCAAUCUGCUCAUGUACGUGAACUGGGCACUAAGUCCCGCGGUAUGGCCUGUCAGAUUUGGCAAUACAUCUUGGGAUGAGCCCUGCGCAAUCGUCACAAGCCAUGUCCCACAUUGGAUGCGAACACGAGAGGCUGUGAAGAUACAGGCUUGUCCGGCGCCGGAUAGUGCACAUAACGAUUCGAUGGAAGAAAGAAAACCCAACAUCGAGGUACAUGUACAAUGGAAGUCUCAGGCAAAGACCCCCAAACAGCUCGAGUUGAACAGGCACCUGGAGGAGCGCGACAUGAAUUACGAUCUUGUGAAAACGGCUGAUAUACUGGUUAGGCCAGCAGCGGUUGCUGCUGAGGUCCGCGACAUCAUCAGAGCACGGUUCAGCAUGGACACCAUAGACGCCCAGAUCCAUACCUUGCAAGUUCUCUCUUCAGAGACAAACAUCAUGCAAGAGAAGUGGAGCCUCGUUCAAGAAGUGCUCUGGGCACCAGAUGCGGGAAAACCGGUUUUUCAGAUGACUCUACGUCUGAGGGAGGAAGGGGAAGUAUUAUGGGAGAACGAGGAGAUUCCUGGAUUGAGCAAAACGGUGCUCGUCACUGACGGCGAGGACGUGCAUCUAAAAGUGGUACUACAAACGUCUGACGAUGAUGACGACGACGGUUCGCAUAACGCCCUGGUCGACACGAUCAACCGGUGCGCCGGUACGAGCGUUGAUACACUUGACAAGAUGCUUAAGAAACACUUUGGAGGACGCAAAGAAGACUUGCUGAAGUUCUUCACGGUUGAUGGCAAAUCAUACGAUGUCGAAACGCCCGAGGGGAGAUUAGGCUACCAGCGGAAGGUCAUGGAGGAGUUGACCAGCCGCGACCAUGUCCAAUUCAAGGACGACAGCAAGAGUAGGUCUUUCGGGAAAACCCAACUCACACCUGCACAACUGCAGUUGUUCAAUGAUGCAAAGCAAGAUGGCCAGUUGGCUGUCAUGAGCCUCCCGGAUGGAGGUGAGGCCCGACAUUACACGCUCAACGCUGUGCAUACUGGAACGCAAGGCCAAGUCGGGCUGCCCAUCGAACCGAGUGCCAUCGUACUCCAGAUGACAGCAUUCAAAGCUUCAGAUGGCCGACUGAUGUACCGAUCUGCGCUACCAGGGUUAGAAAAAACCAGUUUCUACCCAUACCAGGUCUCUGGAUGUGUGGCGAUGCUCGUCGCGAUGUUCGGAUAUGUUCCUCUCCUUGAAAACGCCACGGACGAGGUCAGAAAGGUGGCGCAGAAGCUCAGAGGCCUCGCUAUUGGCGGUAAAUUCCUCUGCGAUCAGACUGGAAUGGGAAAAUCGAAGUUAUCGCUUCUGACGAUCUACUUUGCGCAAUAUCACAUCACGAGGAACAAAGAUCACCAGCGAAUCUACAAGUAUACCAAGCUGGCCGUACCCUCUGGGGUUAUCAAGCAAUGGGCUGAUGCGAUCAUCGAUGACUUUCCGACCCUUCACCUCAUGAUAUCAUACGAUGAUUCGGGCCUUGGUGAGAGCAAGUAUGCACGACAUUUUAUUAAGUCUACCGCCAUGAAGAAUAUGGAGCACCAAGAGUUGUGGCCCGAACGGCAUCGGUACAUAUUCGACAAGACAGAUCCAAGAACAGGGGCGACUAUAAUUUUAACGACACACGACACGCUGCCUACGCGCACUUUGAAAGGCGAGAAGGUUAUCGUCAAGGAAGGUCGGCGUUACGACCCGGAUGUGCCUGCGACAGAAGAGUUCGAUCCACACGAGAAACACGCGGAUGGUACACCAAAACAUUGGGCCAUACCUCCAGUUGAGCAGACUCAAUUUUUCGGAAACCAGAAGGGCAUGGUAGGUAUAUCAAUGCUGGAUGAAGCUCAUCGCCACAAAGACAAGGAAAGUAUGCGAUGGAAAGCUUUCAAAGAACUCGAAGGUGACUAUGUGGUUGUAAUUGGGGCUACACCGAUGGCGAACGUGGGUGUUGACGCAAUAGCCCAACUCGAACUCCUGUGGCCUGCUGCUCAGAGAGCUUUGAAUAAAGCGACAGAAGAAGAGCAGAAAUGGGUCUUGGAUCGACAAAGGUCGAUGAACAUGUUCAUAGACGGAGAGAAAGAGCUCUUAGACCCGCUUGAUCCUCGACGCAUUGGAUUUCUACAUCCUGCGACUGUCCGCCUCCUACUCGAAAAAGGAACCGUAGUCGACCAAGCACGAUACUUCCAUCUCACCGCAAAUAUACUCUGCCUCUCCCGAUCGAUGUCAAGCAAAAUCCCGAUGGAUUUCGAUGGCAAGGAAGUAUAUGACUGCAAAAACAACAUGAAGCCCGUUUUCAUGCAGACCCUCUCCACCGAGUUUCUACCAGAAGAGAGGUCAGAGCAGCAACUACAACACCGCGACGCGUCUCUGCGCUUUCUCCAAGCGUGUAGAGCCUCUUCCAAUACAAAAACCAAAGGAGGAAAGGAUCGACCUAUAUACCCCGUCGCUAAAAUGAGAGAGUUAAUGCUUACUACCGCAUCUACGAAACUUCGGAUCUUCAACCAGAUCUGCGCGUCUAUCGGUCGAGAUACUUUAGUCGACUCCAUGACAGUAUACAGAGAGAAUGGUUUCGACGGAUGGGCAUUUGUCAGGUUCAUUUGUUUGCGGACUGGAGAGGCCGCACCUGACACCGCCAUCGCCUUCAUGCGCUUCAUGUGUGAGGGCUCGCCCUUGCUCCGCGCGCUCAUCAAGAUCAUAUGCACAAACGAUAUGUUUCUCAAACCGCGCAAACACGGAAAGCUGUUUGUUCUGGACGAUACGCCCCUGGUAGCCAUGUUCCUUCAUUGGGCCCUCAACAUGAUGGGUGUCAAUGCGACGCUCUUCCAUUCGGGCCUAACAAACGAUGAGCGUAACCAUAUGCAAGAAGACUUUAACGACCCACACUCAGAUACAGACGUCAUGAUCAGUUUGUAUGAUGUUGGUGGAUUCGGCCGGAACUUCCAUAACGACUGUUCCAAUGGCGUGUUGAGCAGUUCUGGUAAGAAUCAAUCGGCGGAGACGCAAGGCAUAGGUCGAUUAGUGCGGGCACCACAAAAGAACGCCAUUAAGAUUAUCAAAAUCUUCGUCAAAAACAGCAUAUCCGCGUACAAGGAAUUCAGAAAACGCGACAAAGCAAUCAUAGAGUUGGCUACGAGAGCUAAAGAUCCUGACAUCGAAUCACUGCUUGUGGACGUGCUAAACGACUACCAAGUCACAAUUCGCGAGGCGCAACAGGACCCGAAAAACCAGGAGCUCAUGAAGAAACUAGAAACAAAGGCCAUCAUCGCCUCUCAACAGACUCAACUAUUGGCUGUGACUGUACCAGAUGCGAAUGACUUAGGUACACCUGAGCAAGUGCGCCCGAAGCGGAUCCCUAGACCGGUUGAUCGAUAUUCACCCGCAGACUACGACGACGAUGGACACCUAAAGGUGCUGCCAAACAAUACCCCAUCCAACUCUGGAAGCGAAUAUACAAACGAUUCCGAUGCAGAUCCCGUCUCGUCAGACGGACAAGAGGAUGAUGAUCACGAGGAAGACGAUGAUUUUGCUCUAAGUGAACGUGAGGUUGAUGACGACUUCGAUGGGUCACUGGUUUCUGACGAUGACGAUAUGUCAGAGAAUGAAUCGGAAGCUACAAGAGAAAAGAGGAAAGCGUUGGAAGCAUCAAGAGCUGAGAUGCGAAACGAGAACCAAGAGCACGAGGGCAUUCGACGGCUGAAAUCUUUGCUCGCGUCAGACGGGUCCAAAGUGUACACAAAAAGUGACCUUGAAAAGGCCGCUACCCUGAAGCUCGCAUUGGAACUGGUAUAUUGUGCUCGGUCAGGGAUAGUCUAUGAUCGUCCGACAAGUAUACACGUCGAAUAUUCACACUUGCAUGACAAGCUCCGCAAGGCAGUAGAUGCAAAGAUAAAGAUUGAAGCAGAUGUCCACGCCAGACUAUCCGAUCUGCUGGAUCGUGGCAGAAAGACCGCUCCAGACCAGUCCCAACACCUGUCAGCAUUGGAGCCCACCGCUGCCGUGCGACCUACAGCAACAGACUACGAUACCAUGAGCGACAACCAGUUGAAGGAAAAGCUCAUCCAAGCGUCAUGUGAGUCGGACAUCAGGGAAUGGACUAGAGUACAGAUGCUCAGCUGGAUUGAGGACAAGAACCUCGCAGAAUGUAAGCGCAAGUAUGGAACAAAGUACGCGAACUGGCCCGAACGCUACCUUCGGAUGGAGCUGGGAAGUCGUUCAGAUGAGCGGUCCACAACGGAAGCUAGCAGUGUGGGCGAGGUGACUGCGGCGUUACAGCGUAGUGAUUUCACUUUAGAGUUCUGUAUCCACGACUAG